CAAAGCCCCAUUUGCCAAUAUCCAUUUCCAGCUUAGGCUUCAGCUGCCGCAACUCCGCCGCCAUGGAAACUCAUCAAAUCGCUCAGCUCCUCCAUCAGACACUCGGUCAGGACGCCAGCACCGUCCAUGCUGCCACUGACGCUCUGGAUGCCCUCUCCACUUCUCUUCCCGACUUCCCCUUCUGCCUAGUCUCCAUCAACACCACCACCACAACCGCCACCGGAGGCGAAAACCAAGGUCUAAAGUUAGCUGCAGCUACUUAUCUCAAGAACUUCGUCCAACGAAAUUGCGACACCAAUCAUUCUCCAAACUCAACAGCUAGUACAGAAUUCAAAGAUGCCCUCAUGCGUGCUCUGCUUCAAGCAGAGCCGCCGGUUCUCAAGCUCUUGAUCCAAGCAGUAUGUUCCCAAGAAUAUUCCUAG